CCCCACCCCAUCCCCCCAGGGAGCACUCCCGGGGAGGCCCGUGAAGCCGCCGCCGCAAGAGAGAUGGGAAGGGACUCGGGCCGGGUUGCCACUGCCUCUGCUUUCUGAACUUUCCGUUUGGGUGCCCUCCGUGCAGGAGUGAGUCUUGCCAUCCCCUCGCUUGCAUCCCGCCCGCCAAGAGUCAUCGGGUCUCCUCCUCCUGGAAUCUCAACCUCCCUACGCCCCUCCUCACCCGCGGCCCCCACAAAUAACCAGGCUUUCCAUCCCUGCACCCCGUGGGCUCGGGAUCUACAUUACAAAGUCCGGGAGGGGGUGCCUAAGUCUGGGGAGGGCCAUCGAGACAGGCAGUGCGCCCUGCGGGCACGACCCUCCCCUCCUCGCCUCCGCGCUCUGCACGUGGAUUUGCUGCCACCGCGCACUCGCAGCUCCCUUAGCAGCGAGGGGUGGAGAGAACAGGGGUGCGCGGGUGGGAGGCAACCCCCUCCUCGGCAUCCCGGGAAAUCCCAGCCGCCACCAGGGGCCGUGCCACCGCCCCAACUUGGUGGCGCCCCCGGGCAGCGGCCGCCGGGAUGGAGCUGCCUCCCCGGGGCCGGGCGCCGCGGGACUCGCCGCUGGACAGCGUCUCCCUGUCCUCGCUGGAGUCCAGCGUCUUCUGCAGCGAGGGCGAAGGGGAGCCCCUGGCGCUCGGGGACAGCUUCACGGUCAACGUGGGCGGCAGCCGCUUCGUGCUCUCGCAGCAGGCUCUGUCCUGCUUCCCGCACACGCGCCUGGGCAAGCUGGCCGUGGUGGUGGCCUCGUACCGCCGCCCCGGGGCCCUGGCCGCCGCGCCCAGCCCCCUGGAGCUCUGCGACGACGCCAACCCGGUGGACAACGAGUACUUCUUCGACCGGAGCUCGCAAGCCUUCCGCUACGUCCUGCACUACUACCGCACCGGCCGCCUGCACGUCAUGGAGCAGCUGUGCGCGCUCUCCUUCCUGCAGGAGAUCCAGUACUGGGGCAUCGACGAGCUCAGCAUCGACUCCUGCUGCAGGGACAGAUACUUCAGAAGGAAAGAGCUGAGUGAAACCUUAGACUUUAAGAAGGACACAGAAGACCAGGAAAGUCAACAUGAGAGUGAACAAGACUUCUCACAAGGACCCUGUCCCACCGUCCGCCAGAAGCUCUGGGACAUCCUGGAGAAACCUGGGUCUUCCACAGCUUCCCGCAUCUUUGGGGUCAUCUCCAUCGUCUUCGUGGUGGUGUCCGUCGUCAACAUGGCCCUGAUGUCGGCUGAGUUAAGCUGGCUGGACCUGCAGGUGCUGGAGAUCCUGGAGUACUUUUGCAUUAGCUGGUUCACUGGGGAGUUUGCCCUGCGCUUCCUGUGCGUGCGGGACAGGUGCUGCUUCCUCCGAAAGGUGCCAAACAUCAUAGACCUGCUGGCCAUCUUGCCCUUCUACAUCACUCUUCUGGUAGAGAGCCUGAGUGGGAGUGAGACCACGCAGGAUCUGGAAAACGUGGGGCGCAUCGUCCAGGUUCUGAGGCUGCUCAGGGCCCUGCGCAUGCUAAAGCUGGGCAGGCAUUCCACAGGAUUACGCUCACUUGGAAUGACAAUCACCCAGUGUUAUGAAGAAGUCGGCCUACUGCUCCUAUUUCUGUCUGUGGGAAUUUCUAUCUUCUCCACUGUGGAAUAUUUUGCUGAGCAAAGCAUUCCUGACACAACCUUCACAAGCGUCCCUUGUGCGUGGUGGUGGGCCACAACAUCCAUGACUACGGUGGGCUACGGGGACAUUCGGCCAGACACCACCACAGGCAAAAUCGUGGCCUUCAUGUGUAUAUUAUCGGGAAUCCUCGUCUUGGCUUUGCCUAUUGCUAUUAUUAACGACCGCUUCUCUGCUUGCUAUUUUACCUUAAAGCUCAAGGAAGCAGCUGCUAGACAGCGUGAGGCUCUGAAGAAGCUUACCAAGAAUAUAGCCACUGACUCAUAUAUCAGCGUGAACUUGAGAGAUGUCUAUGCCCGGAGCAUCAUGGAGAUGCUUCGACUAAAAGGCAGAGAAAGAGCAAGUACUAGGAGCAGUGGAGGAGAUGAUUUCUGGUUUUGAGUUCACUUUCAGUUUAUUUACAAAAGCUUGUGUAAAACUAACUCGAUCUAUAAAGCCUUGAUGUGAUUGUCUGUGUACUGCUGCCGAGUCUCUUUUGAGUUCUCCUUGUGUUCAUUUUUGCUGAUACGUUGCUUGGUUUGCUAGAAUAGUUCAUAUCUCCCCAACAACGGUUUUUUGAUACACUCGAGUCUCAAAAAUCACCAUCUAACACAACCCAAUGCAACUAGACCAAUAUAACACGUCAGAAUUGACAAAUGUAAAAUAUUGCAAUACAUACAAGAGUUAAAGUUUUAUGCAUCACUAAUUUUAAAAGUUUUUUGCACUACUGAUUUAAAAAAAAUAAAUAAAUGUUAAACUGCCAAGCCCGGAGAAAAGAUAAGUGAACAUUUAAGAGUACACUAAACAAUUUUGUUAUUUAAAGAUAUUCCCCAAGUAAAUAAAUCACUCCUUUCUUCAUCCAUUAAAGCUGUUGAAUACAACAAUUACCUUUACAAGAGAAAAAAUCCUGAUUUGUUGGUCAUUUCUUCCCUCUGGUGCAAACCCUGGUCACAAAUGGGCUGAGCUCUGUAUUCCACCAUUGCUACAUAGAUGGGACUCCCAACUGCUUAGACUUCAGUAGAAGAAUGCUAUACAGUGGCUUCAAGAAUCACACUUCUUCAUCCCAACACUGUAAAGCAGAUAUCUCUUAGUAUUCCAUGGAAAUUAGAUGGACUUUAAACAUAUUUAUUGAUGUCGUGUUCAAGUUAUGUCUUUAAAAUCAUGAACAUGUAAAAAUGAAGUAGUGAACAUUUUAAAUUUAUAUUCUGAAAUCAUUAAUUAGUCUUAUUUUAUGAAAUGAGAAUGAUACGUUGAAUGAUAUCACUGGAUCAACUUGAAGAUCUUUUAUUUGUUAAAAAACAUUAUGGAUAACUUUCUGACUAUAGGGGUAAAUAACAACUGUUCAAACUUUGUACGCAUGUUGACAGCAUUUGGACAUUCAUGAUAAUAAUAAGAUUCCAAGACAUUCUGUUAUAUAAUUAAAGCCAAAAGUUCUAAACCUAAUAGUUAAUUAAUGUUUCCCAAUAUUCUAGUAAAUGAGAUUUUUAAAGCUAAGUAUAAUAUGGAGUAUCACUUUAAUUUUAAUACCUGUAUUCUCAAUGGGUGUAAAUGGGAUGAAAAUGGUUUCUUGCAGGGCAAAAAUAUCUUACUCUUUAUUCAUAAAACACACAUAUAUGUGCAGUACAUUAACAGAUAUAGAGUAUAUCUAUGGUAUUAAAAUUUAAUGGGGUAGGAAAUUAGAAAAAAAUAGCUAAGAGGCUUCUUGCCAGGGUUGGGUGGUGAUAAGAAAUAAAUAUGGAGCAAUACUGCUUUAACAUGUGACUAUAUCAUAUUUUAUCAAUUAUACUGAAAUCCCAUUAUAUGGUGAACUGCAAAGAAAAGGAAGGAAGGAAGGAAGGAAGGAAGG